UGUUCUCAGACAGUCAGGCAGUUGGAGUUAAUACACACUAAAACGCACACGUAGUCAAUACACAAAAUGGAACACAGAGUUGAGUUGUUAAAAGAAUCCAUGGCGGAUCGCAAGUUGGAGCGUAGAUCAGAAAGCAGGACAGACCGAAAAGUGGAAGCCGAGGAGCCCCAUCUGACGCAUCAGCUCAAGAAGCACUACGAGACGGAGGUGGAAGUUCUGGGCCUCCUCGUAGACCUGGAGUCCCGAUUCCGUCAGUACUACGAUCUGUAUCAGUGCGAAGUGCUGGCCCAGAAGACCCUAAUCGAACGGAUAUGGCUGCUGACCCAGCGCUAUCUAAUUCUGAUCAGCUCGGAGCAGAGCUGCAGAUACCCCGAGGUGUACACCUUGUCGACCGAAGAGGCGAUUAUAAAUGAGUACGAAGAGAAAUUGGAAGUGGUGCGGGCCUCCAACAACACCAUGAAGAACUCCCUGAUGGAAAUAAGUCAGCACUGCAAGCAGUUCUAUGCCGCCUACGACCGGCUGGACAAGACCCAGGAGACCCCGAUGAUCAUGGGCGACAGCCACCAUAGGAGCAUCAAGUACCACAAAAUGUUGGCCGUCGAUAUAUUCAACUAUCUGUACGCAAUGGUCCUGAAACUAAAGUGCUUCAUGCAUCAGCUGGACCCCGUCAAUCUGGAGAGUGUCGAGGAAUAUCGCGACUUGCUCCACAACGAGUCCCUGAUGGAAGAGUUCGACGAGUACCUCAAGAAGAACUUCGUCUACUGCCAGUGCCUGCGUCCGGCUCCAACUUGCCCGAUCCUGAAGCUGAAGUGUUCCCACCAAAACCUAGUAAAUUUGAAGUAUGUCAGUCGUAUCUAGUCAAGGCGCAAUAAAUGGAAGCCCUCUAAUACAAAA